GGUGGUGGGAAGAGGAGGGAUUAGUAAAGACUCCCUGCCUUUCUUUGAGAUUCCACACAAGAGUCUUCCCUCAUCUUCCGCUAACCUUCUGGGCAGGGCAGGGGUUUCAGCUUCUCUGAGCAAAAUAUGAAACAGAGAAGCACCAUUUCUGCUCAAGACACACGUAAAGAGGAGAAGAUAUAGAUGCUCUCAACGUCUAGAUGGAGCCCUCAGGCCUCCCAGAGUCCACCACCCCUUUUGAUUACGAUCCUGAGAGCUUUCUGUGUGAGAGCAAGACCUUCACCUUUGCCGCCUUCAGCACCACCAUCUUGUACUUCCUGGUGUUUCUCCUCAGCUUGGUGGGCAACAGCCUGGUGUUGUGGGUCCUGGUGAAGUAUGAGAGCCUGGAGUCCCUCACCAACGUCUUCAUCCUCAACCUGUGCCUCUCAGACCUGGUGUUCUCCUGCUUGUUGCCCGUGUGGAUCCUGGGAUACCACUGGGGCUGGGUGCUGGGAGACUUCCUCUGCAAGCUCCUCAACAUGGUCUUCUCCAUCAGCCUCUACAGCAGCAUUUUCUUCCUGACCAUCAUGACCAUCCACCGCUACCUGUCUGUAGUGAGCCCUCUCUCAUCCCUGCGUGUCCACACCCUCCGAUGCCGCGUGCUGGUGACCACAGCCGUGUGGGUGGCCAGCAUCCUGUCCUCCAUCCCCGAUGCCAUCUUCCACAAGGUGUUUCCUUCGGGUUGUGAUUAUUCAGGACGCACAUGGUUUCUAGCUUCGGUCUACCAGCACAAUGUCUUCUUCCUGCUCUCUGUGGGGACUAUCCUAUUCUGCAAUGUGGAGAUUCUUAGGACCCUGUUCCGCUCACGGUCCAAACGGCACCACCGGACAGUCAGGCUCAUCUUCACCAUUGUGGCAGCAUACUUCCUCAGCUGGGCUCCCUACAACCUGAUCCUGUUUCUGCAGACACUAUUGAAACUUGAAGUCAUCCAGAGCUGCGAGGUCAGCCAGCAAUUGGAUUAUGCCUUGCUCAUCUGCCGCAAUGUUGCCUUCUCCCACUGCUGCUUCAACCCAGUGCUCUAUGUCUUUGUCGGGGUCAAGUUCCGCAGGCACCUCAAAAGUCUGCUCCGGCACUUCUGGCUUUGCCGACAACAGGCUCCCAACCUUCCCCCCUUACCUCACUCACCAGGUGCCUUCACCUAUGAGGGCGCCUCCUUCUACUGAAAGGGAGUUUGGUGGUAGGAGGUGGAGGUGGAGGAUUGUCCAGAGGAGCUGGUGUGGGAGCAAGGAAGAGUAGGGCAGGAAGGAGCAUCACAGAUGGCACAACUUUGGGGAUGCUACAGCUACACAGAUGGGGAUGAAAGAACUACAUUACACUGGCAAGUCCUACCCUCUUCUGUGGAAAAGAGGCUCCCCACCUAGAAAUUUUAUAUUGCCGUCCAGAAAACGUUUCUGGGAUACUGAGUUCAUCAUUCAUUCCUUCAUUGAUUCAUUAAUUCAGACAUGGAUUUCGUAUCAUUGCUUAGUUCAGAAGGUUCUACAACAUGAAAGGAUUCCCAGAAAAGAGCAUCCUUCAAGACUUUAAGAGAGGCUGAAACUCAAUGUGUGUGAUAAUUGCGCAGAUGCACGCUGCUGGAAAGAUGGUCUCUCCCUUUCCUGACUGUAGGGUUGUCCACACUGAUUUUUGGAGGGAGUUGGCUCUGUGUUCCUCAGUGACUGCUAGAUGAGACUCUCUGCAGGAUAAAAGUAACCACAUCCUCAAAUAAGCAUAGUCAGAAUGAAAUCUGGGUCCUAAACACUCACAAGUGGACUAGAGAAGUGUUCUUUAUCAUAGUUCCAGAUUCUAGCACAUGAACUGGCUCUUGCAUAUUUAGUCCAUAAGUCUUUUAUUGAAGGAAUGAAUGCAAAAGUACCACCUUCUACAUGAAGCAUUUAUCUGGAGGAAAUAAAGAUGAACAAGAUACAGUUGCUACCUUCCAGGUGCCAAUAGUCCAGCUCUGAAGGCACAGAUAAGCAAACACCCACCUCAGCAAAGGCAUCCGGGGCGAAGAUUCCUCCGACACCUCAUCCUCUCAGGUGGACAUUGAGCUGACACUUUGGAGUCAUCACUUUCCGCCUACAAUGUUCUCCCCUGCUUGGCUGAUGGCACCAGCUUCCCCCCUGUCACCCACCCUCCAAACCUGAGUCAUUUUUGAGCCCUGCAUUUCCUUUCCCUCCACUCUCAUGGCCAAGUCCUAUUGAUUCUGCCUUCCCAGUGUCUCUCAGAGUUGCUCUCGCCAUUGCGUGUGCAUGCUUUAUCCCCAAAUGGCCUCACUUCCUCGGCAUCUUCCUGCUGCUCAUCUCUUUCCCCACCAAGCUGUCCCCUGCGUUGACACAAGGUUAAUUCAAAACACUUAGUGGCUCUGCAUUACAUACAAAUGAAGCCCAAGCAUCUUAGCAAGUCUUUCAAGGGUCCUACAAUUUGGUGCCAAAUCACUUCCAUUCUUAUCCCACCCAAAGCCCCCACCUCCAAGCAGCUUGGGAUCCAACCAAAAAAGACCAUUGGCAUUUUUCCUGACACCCGUCUCCCCAGUCUCCUCUGCCUUUGUCAUGUUGUCACCUGGGCCUGGAACACUUGUCCUUCUACUCCCUGACCCACAAGCCCUAGCUGAAAGGCCAGCUCCUUCAGGAAGCCCUUCCCAAUCUGUAAAGCAGAAGAGCACUUUCUGGGUUGCUGUGGCAUUCAGCUUAUUGCCUCUAAAAUAAUAUUUGUCACUCUCUGCCCUGUGUCCUAGUUAUACACGUGCAUGUCUUAUCUCCCUGCCCUGUCAAACUGCAAACUGCCUGAGGGCAGUCCUGCACCCUGCCCAGCAUGGGCCCCGGUGUUCUAUCUCUGUGGACUGAGUGGGAGCAAAGAAUGGCACCUGUUGUCAUUCUUCUGAUUUAAGCUAUCCAGGGAGCCACGCUGUGGGACAUAUUCUAUCGUCCUUGCCCCAGGCUGCUUCUUUACAGAUAGUAAUCUUUCUUCCCUUGUCGACACUCUCAGAGCACAUUGCUUAUCCCUCUCUGUCGCAAUGGUUAGACUUGACCUUGCUUUUUAGUUAGUGGUACACAUGCCUGCCUCUUACACUAUUCCAUAGCUUCACAUCCAAGGGCAUAGAUACAAGCCAUACUCUAAACUUUGCCAUACCGCACAGACCUGGGCCCAAUCUGUGAACCUGAUUCAGCUCUGGAGUGGGGCCUUUGGAAAAGCUUCCCACGCAAUUCUGAUGUGCACUCCAGUUAGGAACAUUUGACUGCAACUCCUUGAAAAUGGGAAUUCCAGAGUCUUCCACAGUCCCUUGAGUGGGCUUUGUACAUAGUAGGUACUCAAUAUAUGCUUGUGGAAUAAAGCAUCUACUAAUACCCCCCUCAGCUGGAGCUGAGAGAGCUUGUAAUGCAUUUCCCCCUUUAGUUCCAGCUGCAAUUUCAAUGAUCUAUUUGCCAUUGGGUGGCCAGCCUUGGAGGAGUUUGACCUGGCUGAGGAAGAAUGAGCGUCUAGUUUAAGAAUUAGGCCAGUAGCACCUGCUGGAGAGGGCUGGGUGAUGCAUCAGUGAAGGGAUAAAGCUUUCAUGGACUUUCUCACCAACAGGUGGGACCAUCACUCACCAUAAUGGUAAGAAAUAGUGAAAGGAAGGAGACAAUGAGAUAGUUGUGAGGUAGGAGCUAAGCCUAUGGCAUUCCAGUCAGGCUAAUCAUUUGGAACUCCUUCAAACUGAUAUUAUAAAAAUUUUGUUCAACUUUUAUUCAGAGGGCAAGCUAAGCCCAGGGAUCAGAAGGGCAGCUCACAAACCCGCUUGGCCAAACUAAAGUACCAUGAGUUUUGAGCCCACUCUUCUUAGAAGGCAGGUUUAGGGGCCUUCUAUCACUACAGAGCAUGCCCUUUGAGAGGCUCGCUCCACUGUCACCUCAUCUCAUCUCAUUCCUUCACAUCCCAAGAUGUUUAUCUAAGUAUUUUUUUCAACACAUGCAGCCAUAUCCCUGGAAGCACUUCAUUAAAUACAAUCAUGUCUGUCUCUUUACAUUUCUAGUGAUGCUUUGGCAUCCCAGGGUCAUCUUUAAGAGUCUUCUCCUAAUCUAGCUCCUUGGGAAUCCAAGGGAAGAGGCACAGAGAAAGAAGGGUAUGAAUGGAAAGAUAGAGGGGCAUCCUAUCAGAAAGGGAGCUGUGGGUGAGACUGCUGAAAGGAGCAGCCAGAGAGCUCACACAGGUGUCCACACUCCACAUUCUCUGAUCAUACACUUCAUUGGCCACAACUUUCUGCUUUCACCUCCCUCCACCUGCUGAAACCACUAUUCAACCUCAACUGGACCUUUGUGGGUCUAUCCCUCCCCCUCCAGUUGAAAACAGGUGCCCUGGGCACAGACCUCUUACCACUCACAGAACGUAACCACUCCACAGCCGUUCUCAGGCAAGAUCCUCUUCACAAAAUUCCCACCUCCACACUCUCUGGGACAAAAUCAGGAAGAGAGGAAACUUGCUGAUCUCAGAAUAGGAACGUGCUUCCAAGCCGAGGGCAGCCCUAGAUCUCAGAUGUCCCCAGCCAAAAUGGAAGUUUCUCAAGGGCGCAAGCCCAGUGUCAUGUGUCUAGAACCUCCCUCUGUGCCCAGCGAUGUUUGUGGUUGGUUAAGUGGAUAGGAGAUUAUCUUUUUGGCUUUUUUCUAUUUCCAUUUCCUUUUCCUACACUUGCUUACAUUACAUCUUCCAUUCAACACCAGGCACUCACCCAAUAGAGGUCGCGUGAAAUCUUCUCUAAGGCCCCACAGCCUGGACAUCGUCUGGUUUGUUUGGAGUUAAGCUUUGUUGAACUCCUGACAGCUUUCAUUUGUGAAGCUUGCCCUUGACGAGACAGUAAGGCCCAUGAAUAUGAAAAGACCAAUAGAACAGAUCCCCAAAGUAAACCGUCUGAGAAAGCUCUUGGAAUUUGAACCCUUGACGCAAACCCCAGAUCCAAGCUCUUUUACUUGUCCAUUGUGAACUCGGGCCACUCAGGGCCUCGGUGUCCUCAUCUGUAAAACUGUAUAAACGCCAACAACACAAAGACACACUCUGCCGACACGAUGGAGGUGCGGAUGAGGUCAUGUUCGUAAAAGUACUCGCUUUGUCGAUGAUUCAGCCCCAGACAAAUAUGAAUUACUAUUGCAAUCAUCUCAUAAAAACAGAAAGCAUCAUUGUAUCAUAUGCACAAAUAAAAGAUUAGCAUUAUUGACUUAC